UGACAACCUAUGAACGUUCAAAAUGGCGUCAGCUUCUGUCGGUGGUAGACAUACUAUUGAUACUCUUGCAGCAAAAAUGAGCAGCCCGGAAUGUUUGAAUGAUUUUGCUUCAUGCCGAUCGGUCCUGUCAAAGGUGAUGACUCUAAGUGCCAAUCAUGCUAACCUGACGCCAUUGUUGCCCUCAGCGGUCAAGCUGCUAGCCCACUCCGACAUGUGCAUAAAAAAGAUGGCUGGUCAUAUCCUCAUUCAGUAUGGUGCCAACGACCCGGAAAUGAUCCUACUUGCCAUAAAUACACUCCUGAAAGACUGCCAGGAAAGUAACCCAAUGUUAAGAGGUCUUGCUCUUAAAACUCUCUGCGCCCUACAGCAGGAAUCGAUUCUUGAAUUUGCAGACAAGGCUCUUAAGAAAGCUUUGUCAGAUAAAAGCUCCUAUGUAAGAAGGGCGGCUGUAAUUGGAAGUGUCAAAGUAUUUCAUUUCUGUAGUAGUUACAUCCGAGAUGGCCACAUCAUUGAUCAGUUGUAUUCCAUGAUUCGAGAUCCAGAUCCACUUGUGGUUGUCAACUGUAUAUCUGCUCUUGAGGAGAUUCUUCAUGAUGAAGGAGGCAUUGUCCUUAACAAGAAUAUAGCUCAUCAUUUGUUAAACAGGGUGAAGGACUUCCCGACUUGGUCACAAGCCAAUAUAUUAAUGGUUCUAAAGAAAUACACACCUUCAUCAGAUGAUGAAGUGUUUGACAUUAUGAACCUUGUUGAUCCUUUUCUCAAACAUAACAGCUGUACUGUAGUAUGCUUCUGCCUGGAACUCUUUCUGCAUAUUGUAAGUCCAAUGCCUCAUCUACAAAGUGAAAUAUGUCGGAGAGGCAAGGAAGCCAUAGUGAGUCAUCUUGGUUCUGGCAAUAUUGAGCUUAUCUAUUCUGUGGUAGAUUUUUUGUCUUCUCUAUCUAAAAUGCAUCUUCAGGUGUUCUGUUCUGACUAUCAGUCAUUUUUCUGCCGCUACAAAGAACCUCCAUACCUGAAGAUGAAGAAGAUGAAGUUUCUACCUGUGCUGCUGAACCAGAACAACGAACAAGCAAUUCUGGAUGAGCUGAGCCUCCACUGCAAGGAUGGAUGCAAAGAAGUGUCCAAAUGUGCUGUAGAUGCACUAGCCACCAUUUCUAGAUCUCACCAGCAUCUCAACCAAAGCUGUUUAGAAAAGUUCCAAGUUCUUCUUGAAAGUUCCUCUAGUCAAGUGGUAUCAAAUGUUCUACAAGUCCUACAGAUGGUACCCUUAAAGGACCAGGACAGGAUCAAGGACAUCAUCUUGAUCCUGGGCAGCAUCCACAGGACUGUUAAAGAUGAUUCCGGGACUAUAGCUCUACUACACCUGCUUGGGGAGUAUGGGCAACAUGCGGAGGAUGUUCCCUACAUUCUAGAAGACUUUGUGGACAGACUGGAGGAGAUUGACAACCCAGACCUCAAGGAGCAGCUUCUCAACACAGUCAUCAAAGUCUUCUUCUCUCGACCUGGAGAGACACAGUCAAUUCUGGGGUCACUGUUAGAGGCGUGUAUCAGUGACUCGAAUCGGGCAUUGAGAGACAGGGCAAAGUUCUACUAUAGCCUGUUGGAGACAGACGUGGUGUAUGCCAAAUCCGUGAUCUGUGGUUUAGAUCCUGAGUAGAGACCAAGAGUGAGAUGAUCAAAGAAUUUGGAUUUAUUCAGUAUGACGGAAACAAUGUAUCAUAUCUCAUAUGUAUCAUGACUUGUGAUAUCGUUUCAGUACAAUUCAAGUAUAUGAUAGGCAGCCGACUGAUUUUUAAGACUUGUUUUGCUGAUUAAGAUUGUUUAAAAUUUUAAAGCAAGUUAGAACCUUAUCAUUCCCGUUGAAAUUCAUGUAUGAUAUUAGUAACCUCUUGAACCCUUGAUAAGGUCGUUGAGGAUUUGAUAUUAGUUGUUAUUCACUGAACAUUAAUGUACACUUGGCCUAGUGUCUUGGCAUCAACAGGACACAGGACAUUUGUAUAUGAUGUAGGUUAUCAGGUUUGUAGGUGCUGCUGCUUGGCCUCACUACCAGGAGUAAACAUGGUAAGUGAUCUAAUGUCACAUUUCUUCAAAAUCUUUACUUGACAGGCUUAUUGAUAGUCAGAUUUUGUAAUGGCAUCAGUUACAAUUCUACCUUUUCAUCUUUGACUCUAAUGGUUUUUUUUGUAUCAAUAAAAAUAAUUGUACUUACUGGCAUCAAAUUGAUGUAUUGUAAAUCAGACUUUGUACAUUAAUGUGGUGUUUCAUUGUUUUUUAAAUAAAUAACAAUAAUUAUUAUACAGAAGUAAGUAGAACCUAGCUGUCAUGAAAAUUCAUAAAAAUCUAUAGUUUUCUUUUUAGCUUCCUUCCAUGCCUACUGAAUGUACUGACAAUAUUUGUUAGCGAAACAGUAAGCUUGUUAGUUUUGUUACCUGAAACACAUUUAUAUAUGUUGCCUAAUGGGAAGCAUGCACUAUUUAUCAUUUGAUUGGGGAUAUAUAAACAGAACAACAUUAAGACAAUACAAGACAAGUUAUUUUGAUAGGUCACAUAUUGUGAACAUGCUGCCUUUUUCGGGACAACCUCUAUCUGAGGCUGACAUGUGUUUUCACGAUUCAAAUUCAAUUGAGAAUGUUAAAUAAAUAUCAUGAUGUAUGCAUGUGUAUCUCAAUCAGGUUAUGGCUGCUAUUAUAUGGUCUCUGCUGUAAGACAGCAGUCAUAUGCUCUAGUCAUAAAUGAUCAACUAUGAGUCAAAUCAUAUUAUAUUGCAAUCUUCAAACUCUUGUGAAUCGCUGAAAAAAGAGCUGAUUCAGCAAUAACAUGUUCAACACUGUGAGAGUCGUUUUAGCUUUCCCAUACGUUUGGGUUGAAAAGAUACAGGAAGGUCCCGACACAUAGGGUGAUACAAUACGUAUCGCGGCAUGACUAUAAAUAUUUCAAAAGGACGCUACCUGUAGACACGUUUGUAGCAGUUAUUUUUAAUAGUGAACUUGACACACUAAUUAUAACGGAUUUUGAGAUAUUUGACUCACAAAAAUGCCGGUGGGUUCAUUAAAAGAGUCAACGUGUGAAGCCCAUUUCUGGAGUCCCCCAGCUGUGAUAUUGCUGGAAUAUUGCUAAAAGCGAUGUUAAACCAUACUCACUCCCACUCACUCAUUAAAGGAGUUGUCAAUAAUUUAUUUCAGCAAGUACAUCGUCUUGUAUACAUUCAGAAAAAAACGUAUUGUGUAUCGUAUCGUCGCAUGAAAACUCACGAUGUCAAACAUUGUCAUGUGUAAAUGCGUCCUACUUUAAAUCUAGUCAGUACAUACUCAGGUGUAUUGUAUCUAUCAGAAGACUGGUUAGUUGAGUUUGUUCAUUGAUAAUUAGUUGUGUGAUCAGCAUUGGACUUUAUGUACAGUAAGAUAGGAGUCAAACCAUUUGGUAGUCAGUCUGACAGGAACCCAUUUGGGGAUUCCUAUGAUCCCUACAAACAGCAUGUUCCGUGGUGGUAGUGGGUUUGAUGGCUUGAUAACGCAGUAUCUAUAAGUUUCAGCACAUCUUGUGAGACACCCAAGUUUUUGCCUGAAUAUGUUUGAAAAAGAUUACAUACAUAUUCCAUGUAUUAAGACCUUUGUGUGAAAUGUGAGUGGAUGGGGAGUGGGAUCCGAUCUCAUGACCACCAGCUGUGUUACAACUGCAAACUUGAAAUAUCGUCAUGAAAAACAAAUGUACUUACACUAUGUCAACCUUAACCUGCAAGACCAACAAAACUAGCAGUGAUAACUUCUUAAAGAACACAAAAUGACAUAUGAGUCAUAGUAGGCAUUUACAAGUUGGAUAUAAUUAUUACAAGGCGUAUUAUGGAUAACAAAUUCUUUUUUUUAUACCAACAAAACAUUUCAGGGCUUCUUUUCCCCCCUUAUUAGGUGUAUGAGCAUCAUAUUCCUUGUCAUAAAAAAGGGAAUUAUGGAGAAAUAUUAAACUGUCUUGUCUUAUAAUAUAAUAGUUCAAUUGCAUAAUUAUGGUGGUGAUUUUAUAGACUCAACACGUUUUCUGGUGUUUGUUGUUCUUUGUUUUAAGGGACACUUCAUGUACCAAAGACUAAAUCAGGACUGGGAUUACAAUAUUAGUUUAUUUAGUUUGUUACUUUAAAGAAUAUGAUGUAGCAUUAAUUAGUGGUUUAUUGUGAAAAAUAUGAAAUAUAUGAACUAGUAAAUUGUGCUUCCUGACUAAGGUAAUAAUUCUAUU